AUGGCCAGCGUCCCCCAGCUGUUCGACGACCUGUGCGAGGCCCUCCUGCCCGCGGCGAAGGCCCGUCUGGGCCAGCGCGGCGUGAGCCGCAAGAGGGCCAAGCAGGGCCUCAAGAGGGUGGCCUACAACGCUCUUUUCACAAAUCUGUUUCAAGAGGAGACUCACAAGUUGCAGGCCGACGUCUCGAAACUCCCGGUGAAGAACAAGGUCCUUCUGCUGUCCUUCGACCUGAGAGCAGGCGGUCUCGGGCCCGAGGCUGACCGUUUGGAGGAGCUUGUGGAGGAGCUCCAAGCAGCCCCUGGCUGUCCGCUGACGGAAGUGGCGUCUGUUUUGGACCUCCUGGUCCGGCUGGCGGGCAGCGGGCCGCCUCAGGUUCUGCAGCGCAAGCGGGACUACUUCUUUAACAACAAGCAUGUUGGGAGAAACGUGCCCUACAGCGGCUACGACUGCUACGACCUGAGUGUGUUUGAGAUGGACGUUCAGUCUCUGAUCUCCAGAGAGGAGUACUUAUGUCAGGACAUGGUCCGGAAAGCGCUUCAGGUGAUGGAGGCGGCACCAGGCACUGGCCUGCCCACCGUUGGGCUCUUCUCAUACGGUGACCCUUGCAGCGACAGGUUUGAGAGAGACACCCGGGUCUCGCUUUUCGGUGCCCUUGUGCACAGCCGCACAUACGACAUGGAUGUCCGGCUGGACCUGCCCCCGAUGCCUGACAGCGCAGACCUCUCUGGACUAGCCAUUAAGGUUCCUCAGAGUGUGGAUCAGUCGGAAGAUGAAGGGUUCCAGUCAGCAUCUAACUUGACUCCUGACUCCCAGUCUGAACCAGGCAUGACCCCGGACAUCGACCUGUGGGAUGCUGUGCUCACCUACGAGGCCAGCAAGCGGAGGUGCUGGGAACAAGUUGGAUGCCCCCCCGGCCACAAGGAGGAGCCCUACCUCACCGAGGCGGGAAGGGACACCUUCGACAGGUUCUGCAGGCUCCGCCAAGGGGAGCUACAGGUGCUGGGCGGGGGCCUCCUGCAGGCCCCACAGCCCGUCCUGGUGAAGGAGUGCGAACUGGUGAAAGACGCACUGAAUGUCCUGAUCGGGGUCGUGUCUACCACAUUCUCCCUCUGCCAGCCAGCUCAGACCUUCAUGGUGAGGCGGGGGGUCCACGUGUCGGGAGCGUCCCCCGAGAGCAUCAGCAGCCUGCUGUCAGAGGUGGCCGAGUGUGGGACACACUACGCACGCCUGAGCCAGUUCUCCCUGCAGCCUCUACUGGACUCUUCGUGCAGCAAGGGCCUCGUGCUCCAGGCCUUCACCAGCGGCCUGAGGAGGUACCUACAGUAUUACCGGGCUUGCGUUCUCUCCACUCCACCCACCCUGAGCCUCCUCACCAUUGGCUUUCUCUUCAAGAAACUGGGCCGGCAGCUCAGGUACCUGGCCGAGCUCUGUGGUGUGGGCGGCGGGGGACCGAGGGCCGAGUUCCCGACCGGGGUGAGGCUGCUGUCCUACCUGUACCAGGAGGCCCUGGACAACUGCAGUAACGAACACUACCCGGUGCUGCUGUCCCUGCUGCAGACCAGCUGCGAGCCCUACACGAGGUUCAUUCACGACUGGGUCUACAGCGGGCUCUUCCGCGAUACUUACGGCGAGUUCAUGAUCCAGGUGAACCACGAGUACUUGGGCUUCAGAGAUAAGUUUUACUGGACCCACGGCUACGUGCUCAUUUCCAAAGAGGUGGAGGACUGUGUCCCCGUGUUCCUAAAGCACAUCGCACACGACGUGUAUGUCUGCGGGAAGACCAUCAACCUGCUGAAGCUCUGCUGCCCCCGGCACUACCUCUGCUGGUCCGACGUCCCUGUCCCUCGGAUCUCGGUGAUUUUCUCCCCGGAGGAGCUGAAGGAGGUGGAGAGGGACUGCGCCAUCUACGUGGGGCGCAUGGAGAGGGUGGCGCGCCAUAGCUCCAUCAGCAAGGAGGAGAAGGAAUUACGAAUGGAAAUCGCCAAACAAGAAUUGAUCGUCCAGGCCCGGGAGGCAGCAUCCAGGGUCCUGCGAGCGCUCAGUGACCGGCAGACGUCUGAACGCAUGGCCCUGGAUGCCCGGAAGCGAGAGCAGUUCCAGCGGCUGAAGGAGCAGUUUGUGAGGGACCAGGAGAGGCGCCGGGCGGCCAGGCAGGAGGACCCGGACGGCGACUUCGGCUAUGCCCGAGAGCUCCGUGACAGGGAGAGGAGGCUGAGGGCCCUGGAGGAGCAGCUGGAGAGGAAGGCGAGGCAGGCGCUGGUGGACCAUUACAGCAAGUUGUCUGCAGAAGCGGCUCGUCGAGAGCAGAAGGCGCUGUGGAAGAUCCAGAGGCACAGACUGGCAGGCGCGCGGCUGCGUUUCCUCGAAGAAGAUGAGAAGCGCACUCAGGAGAUGCUGAAGGACGUGUGCGAGAAGUCCUUGGAGGCCCCAGCCGUCCUCCCUGGUGCACACUCCCAGGCUUCGUCUCCAGUCCCCGAGCACUUAGCCGGAGGCAGCACCUGUGACUCUGGGUAUGCAGGGCGGCACGUGGCUGCUUAUGAUUGCCCGGGCCUCCCCCGGCCUCUGGUGGCGGCGGUCUGUGGCCCGCAGCCAGAGCGGGUGGACAGGCCGGGGCCAUUUUCCGAGGGCCUCGGUAUCCAAGACUUCCUGCCCACAGCCCGGGAGGCUGGAGAGGCUGAACACGCUGGUGUGGCCCCCAUCCUGGAGGAGGCGCUGCAGACCAUCGGCUCAGACCUGCCUCCCUCUGCCGUGUCUGAAGUGGCGGGCACAGAGCCCUCUGGGCCACAGGAGUAUGAUUUCAGAACUAUCCUGAGGCCGGCUGUGGUCACCUUGGCUUCCCCAGCGUCUCUCCAGACUGUAGGAGGUGGCUCGAGUAAUGAGGGGCAGCAGUUGUGGGGGGACAGUCUCAUGCAGCUGGAGAACACAUGUGUCCCAGAUGGGCCAAUGGCUGUGCCUCACUCACACCCCCCUAGACUCAGAUCCUCCCAGGAAGGGAGUAGCCAGGCCAUGGGGCAGCUCCUUGGGCAUGUGCCAGGGGGCAGCAUUCCCACAGGGGGUUAUGCUGCUGGGAUGGCUCCCUCGCGACCACAGUGGAACGUCCACGGACACGUGUCUGACGCCAGCAUCAAGGUGGGAGAGAAUGUGUGCGACGUGGCCCCCUCCCGACCACGAUGGAACGUCCACGGACACGUGUCUGACGCCAGCAUCAAGGUGGGAGAGAAUGUGUGCGACAUGGCCCCCUCCCGACCUCGAUGGAACGUCCACGGACACGUGUCUGACGCCAGCAUCAAGGUGGGAGAGAAUGUGUGCGACGUGGCCCCCUCCCGACCACGAUGGAACGUCCACGGACAUGUGUCUGAUGCCAGCAUCAAGGUGGGAGAGAAUGUGUGCGACGUAGCCCCCUCUCGACCACGAUGGAACGUCCACGGACACGUGUCUGACGCCAGCAUCAAGGUGGGAGAGAAUGUGUGCGACGUGGCCCCCUCCCGACCACGAUGGAACGUCCACGGACACGUGUCUGACGCCAGCAUCAAGGUGGGAGAGAAUGUGUGCGACGUGGCCCCCUCCCGACCACGAUGGAACGUCUACGGACACGUGUCUGACGCCAGCAUCAAGGUGGGAGAGAAUGUGUGCGACGUGGCCCCCUCCCGACCACGAUGGAAUGUCCACGGACAUGUGUCUCAGUCCCGUGUGGUGCUGGGUGCACUCUCGGGGGAAGACCAGCCGGAUACACCCGCGCCCUACCAGAGCCCCACUGACCAUGAGUCCCAGUCAGGCCUCAGCCUGGGAGCACAGAGCCCUGUUGGGGGCCGUGAGCCACGGCGGCCUGCAGACAGGGCCUCAGAUGGUUCGUGUAGUCACGUGGUCAGCUCCGGCAGUGGGGAGGCGAGUGACCAGGCUUCGCUGUCUGCAGUGGCUGCAUCUGGGGCUCUGGGAGACGGUAUCCCUGAGGAGCCAGGACCAGGGAGAAGUGGGGACACUGAGGACCUCUCUCCAAGCCACCCUUCAAGCUCACAGGAAGGCGUGGCCACCGGGAGCAGCCCUGGCCUUGGUGAGGAGGAGGCUGCGGCCCAGCGCUGGGGCCAGGAGCAGGCCUACCUGACGGGCCUGGCGGAGCAGUACCGCCUGGAGCAAUACCCGGACAGCUACGAGGCCAUGUCAGAGCCUCCUGUCGCCCACCUGCUACACCACGGGCUUCCGCGGGCCUUCUCCCUCCCCGAGGAACCCCGGGUCCGGUCGGAUGCAGAUGAGACAGCGGUGGAGCUCAGUGAGCUGCUGCCGCUGCCCGUGCUCAUGAAGCACUCCAUCACGGCCCCGCUGGCCGCGCACGUCUCCUUGGUGAACAAGGCUGCGGUGGACUACUACUUCGUGGAGCUCGGCCUGGAGGCGCACUUUGAGGCCCUGCGGCACUUCCUGCUCAUGGAGGAUGGAGAGUUUGCCCAGUCCCUCAGCGACCUGCUGUUUGAGAAGCUGGGGGCGGGGCAGACGCCGGGGGAGCUCCUCAACCCGCUGGUGCUCAACUCGGUGCUGAGCAAGGCCCUGCAGUACAGCCUGCACGGGGACACCCCGCAUGCCGCCAACCUCUCCUUUGCCCUCAAGUUCCUGCCCGAGGCGUUUGCCCCCAACGCCCCGGACGUGCUGAACUGCCUGGAGCUCAGGUACAAGGUGGACUGGCCCCUCAACAUCGUGGUCACCGAGAGCUGCCUGAGCAGGUACAGCGGCAUCUUCUCCUUCUUGCUGCAGCUGAAGCUGAUGAUGUGGACGCUCAAGGACAUCUGCUUCCACCUCAAGCGCGCAGCCCUGGUGAGCCGCGCGGCCGGCUCCGUGCAGUUCCGCCAGCUGCAGCUCUUCAAGCACGAGAUGCAGCACUUCGUGAAGGUCACGCAGGGCUACAUCGCCAACCAGAUACUGCACGUCACCUGGUGUGAGUUCCGGGCCCGGCUGGCCGGGGUGGGCGACCUUGAGGAGAUCCAGCGUGCGCACGCAGAGUACCUGCACAAGGCCGUCUUCAGGGGCCUGCUGACCGAGAAGGCUGCACCUGUCAUGAAUGUCAUCCAUAGCAUCUUCAGCCUGGUCCUCAAGUUCCGCAGCCAGCUCAUCUCCCAGCCCUGGGUCCCGGCUGGCGGCCCACGGGGUGCCGAGCACCCCAACUUUGCCCUCAUGCAGCAGUCCUACAGCACCUUCAAGUACUACUCCCAUUUCCUCUUCAAAGUGGUGACCAAGCUGGUGAACCGCGGCUACCAGCCCCACCUGGAGGACUUCCUGCUGCGCAUCAACUUCAAUAGCUACUACCAGGAUGCCUGAGGCCACGACACAGGUGCCCCCCCCCCCCCCCCCCCCCCGGCACCUGGCCUUCCCGGGAGGGCGGGUCAGGGUGCAGUGACCACACAGAGACGGGCCAGGGAAGCUGCUGGUUUAUUUGGGGACCGUGUCUGCCCGGUAGGUAGGGGGCUGGGGCCGCUCUGCCCACCUGGGCCUGCUUCCCACUGCUGAGCUCCUGUCCUCGCACCUCCUGUCCUUGCACCAAGCGGCUUUUAUGGGGAGCGCACUGAGUGUGGGGCGGGGCUGCUGAGUCUGUGUCAGACAGAGACGGGUCAGGUCCUGACUGGACGUCUCGGCCGUCAUGGAGAGACGGGGCGUGGGGUUGCCCGCUGGGUGCCCACCGCCUCAAGGACUCAGUGGGGCUCGAGGCCUCGGGGGCUCCACGUGCGGAGGCCUCCGAGGCGGUUACGAGGAUCACGUCACACACAGUUCUGCCGCCCACAGCGGGGGCUUGCUGCCGUAGGAGCGUCCCCCGCUGUGCGCCCCGCCGGCCCCCUCGGCCUCCGGGACCUCGGCGGCCUCGCCUUCCCUGUGGUAGGGGGCCUCCAGGAGCUUCAGCACCCGCCGCACCUGGAGAAGAGCAAGAAGAGGGGUUUUAGGGCCUGCCCGUCCCUCCUCACCCAGCCCCUGCUGCCGGACCCAGGGACGAAGGAGGGGCAGGUGUCUGCUCGCCUCUGAGAAGUCUCCGUUCUCGGCAGCCUCGAUGGCAUUCUGUGCGAUGUAGUUCCGCAGGACGUACUUGGGGUUGUUAGCACGCAUGACGCGCAGGCGCUCGGCCUGCCAGGUGUCACUGUCGCCGGCGCCCUCCCUGUCCUUCUCCAGCCGGGCUCUGGAAUCACAUCCAAGUUCAUCUCCCCAGCAGAUACCCCCUCCCACAUCUCCCGGGCUCGGUUCCCCGCGUGGGGAGUCGUCCGCAGCCACGUCACGGGGAGACGGUGACGCGGGCGGUCGGCGCCCCGACCCGGAGCCUCGCCGGCCCCGGGCGGCAGGGCCGGCCUCACCUGUACUCCUGGAGCCAGUCAGCCCAGUGGCUCCUGUUCCUGCUCAGAAGCUCGGCCGAGCUCAGCUGCUCCAGCCGCGACUGCUGCUCGACGCGCUCCAGCUCCUUGGUGACGCUGGCUCGGGUGCCGAUGAGCGCGAAGAGCUGAGGGUUGGACUGCGCCAGCAUCAGCAUCAUGGAGAGCUGCCUGUGCAGAGGGGCAGCGUGAGGCACGGCCCGACCACCGGGCACCCGGAAGAUGGCUGUCUGGGCACGGCGGAGGUGGCGAUGGCUUCGGCGGCUCUGCUGUGCCCCCGCCGACAGCCCCGGUGUGUGUGUGUGGGGGGGGGGGUGAGCCGGGCCGACGGGCGAGGCAGCCGUCCACCCCUGCUCUGCGACAGCCCUUCCGUGUCGUGGAACGAGUGCACCCCGAGGGGCUUGGCCCCUGCCUGUGUCCCGACCCCACAGUGACUUCCCCCAGGGGAAGGUCACUACUGGCUGCUUCUCCACAGUGACCACAAGGCUGGGUCCGCGAGGGCCCGGCGAGCAGGGACAGCACUGACACCCCCUUCCCCAGUCACGCUGGCUUUGUGUUCCGUAGGCCCUGCCAGCCGGUCCUCCCUGUGCGUCCUGGCAGCCAGCAGCCACUCACCACGGCGCUGCACUAAAUUCUCUCGAACCACAGUCUGUUGGCUUGUUUAUCAAAACCCGGAAACCAUGCUUCCCACGUCUUACUCGGGGCAU